CAUAAUUUAACGUAUCGGCGGUCACUGAUAGCUACUGGCACUGUGAGCCAGAAAUGAAUCAACACGGGAGACGAAGCGGAAAUUACACAUGAUUCACCGGAGAAGUUCUUAGCCACGGAUACGGAUUCAGUUAGCACCACCAUGUUAGAUGCGGUACAGAUCCGGCGCAGGGGAGUCCUGGACUUCGAGGCUUGCUAUGACUCCGCCUGUGCUUUGCAAGACACCGUCCCGGUUCCAGCUGUCAAGGCUAACCUGGGACAGGGCGUGCUGGACUUCUGCGGAGAUCGCCUAAAGCUGGUCGACUGGCCGCCCAUACUGCAGUCACUGGCCAUCAAUAAACACCUGCACCACGUGGCCAUCAAAAGUUGCUAUCAGCCCACUUCUGCGGACGCUGUAGACAGAUACAGGUCAUCCUUCAGGAAGUGGAUCCCGGCCUUUCGUUCCAAAGACAUGACGUUUAGACUGUGCAAGGCUCUCCGUGACUGCCUCACCACAUCGCCGAGUCUGCGAAGCCUGCAGCUUCAAGGCCUCCCUCUGAGGCCCCGAGAUCUCAUCCAGCUCACAAAGGGUUUAGCAAAAAGUGCAUCUUUGGAAAACCUCUCGCUGGCGUACUGCCCCAUAGGUGACGAGGGACUGGAAGCGAUAUGCCAAAGUGUGAAGUAUUCCACCUCAAUCAAGACGGUGGAUUUCACAGGCUGCAAUCUGACCUGGCGAGGAGCAGAACACAUGGCCUCCAUCAUUAAGCACCAGGCCAUGAGGAGACAUAGCGCGGCUUGGGCAGAGAGUCUGCGCUAUAGGAAGCCGGAGCUGGACAGUAUGAGUGGGCUCCGCCGGGUCACUCUGAGCUGCAACACCUUGAUCGGAGAUAGAGGAGCUGCUGUUCUCGCUCAGGAACUGGCAGAAGACUUCUGGGUCAAAGCUCUGGACCUUCAGAAAUGUGGUCUUUCUGAUGUUGGUGCCAAGGCCCUAUUGGGAGCCCUGAAGUCCAACACUACUCUUGCCGUUCUAGAUAUCCGGAGGAACCCUCUCGUGGAUAACGGCCUCAUUAAGGCAGUGAUCGAAAAGGUUCUCCUGAACACCGAGGGAACUGCGUCUCAGUACUCAUGGAUCAAGCCUCCGUCUUCCAAGGAUGCGCAGAAUCCCACAGGUCAGAGACAGAUCAGGAUGCCAGGAAGUGGAGUUCGAGGAAGAGCAAAUGUUAAAAAGGGCUCGCUGAGGACAUCCGUGAGCGGUGGGAGGAGAUCCAGUCCCUCCCUGUCAUCACAUGUGGGUUCAGGCAAACAUGUCCCUUGGCGUGCAGCUGCACGGGCCAAUCGACAGCGGGGGGACCCUCAGGACUUCCCUGCUACAGGGAAUCAUUCCUGCCAGAAUACCAGCACUGUGAAAGUUACCGUGGAAACAGAAUCUGAAGAAGCAGAAUCAGAGGAACCAGAAAGUUUGAUAGAAGCCCCUGCUUUGGGCCCUCAGCAGAAGAUCACAGUGCUCCGCCAUAAACGACUGCAGGUGGAGCUGGAGGAGUCCCGGCUUCGAUUGGCGGAGGAGCGGAAAGCGAGAGUCAGAGCGGAUGCCCUCCUCUUUGAGCUGGAGCUGGAGAACAAGCGGCUGAGGAGCAUUAACCUGUCCCUGUCGGAGGCCAUACACUCCCAGUCCACGGCGGCCGGCGCCCUGGACGACGAAGCCGUGCUGGCCGGCAUUGAGGCGUCCUUCCAGAAGUUCCAUGCCUUCCUGGACCUGCUGAAGGAUGCUGGGCUUGGGCAGCUGGCCUCCAUGGCAGGGAUUGACCAGGCGGAUUUUAGGCUACUGGCCAGACCCAAUCUCACCUCCACAGUGGGCACAGCGGGUGCACAAAAGGCACAAGACUGCCUCGGUUUAGUGUCCUCAACAGGAGAGCUGUCCGCCGCAUCAGGACACCAGCCCAGAAGCCCUGUUGUGGGAGACCUCCUGCAGCCUGUAGCCCCUGAGGAAUCCAGCGACCUGAGGAACACCUGGCGCACUUUCAUCAUGGAGGAGCGAGGGAAUCAGAGUGUUCCAUCUCCCCUCUGGCCCAUAGUCCGGCUGGAGUCACAUGACUUGCAUGACAGCGGCUCAUAUGGUAACGGUUCCUGUGGUAACAACUGCAGUGGCAACAGAUCCCAUAAGGAAACCUCCAGCCAGUCGAACUCCGGCAAGAGAAGUGAAUCUCUGGGUUCUAGGAGCUAUGGAGGGAAGCCGUAUGUGGCCCAUCAGGCUAACCCCAAUGGGAGGCCGGCGACUGGAUCCGAGCUCCUAGAGAACAUCCACUCUCUCGGAAGCUUGUGAGCAGGCAAAACAGGAGGGAAUUUUUAUUCUCCCAAAAAGCCAAGAAAACAUGUCUGUGACGUUUUUGUGCCACUGUUAUGUUUUCACCAUGCAUUUUAUAUACUGGGCCCACUGUAUAAUACAAAUCUUUACAAUUUUAUAUAACAGUGCUUUGAAAGUUCCCUUUACCGUAUUUUUUUAUACUUCUUGCUUUUAAAUAUUUUUACAUCACUGUUUAGUGUUGAUCAUUGUUUGCUGUGUUGCUGUCUUACCUGAGUAAAUGUGUCUACAUUUUUCACCAUUACAUUAUUAUCCAAGCCACACUGCACACGUGCACAUUAUAAUGAAUGAAUGGCCUCACUGAAACGCAAUAGGAAAUUGUGCAUUUCGAGAAGCUCCGCUAUACCUCUUUGUUACUGUAUGUGUGUUAAUCUCCACCUGUUCACCCAUUGUCAAAACCAGUUAUCCAGGUGCCGGUUUUGGUUAUGCUAAAGUAAACUUGGAACAGGCAGAUUCUGAGCCUGUCUUUCAAGAAAUAUUAAACCUAAGUCUGAAGUCAGGUCAGGAAAAUGAGUUUAAUAGUGGGGUUGCAUGCUCACUCUGACCUUACAUAUUUCAAUAAAUAUACUAGCUCUCAAAUUAAAAGGAAAAUAACUGAUCUAUGUACAUCAGCUUAUUGAUUCGGUGUUUUGAUUCCAUAUCUAUGAUUCUUUUGUGACCGUGUUUGCUAUGUAAAUAUUUUUCCUUCGCGUUUAUUUGUGAACAAUAAAUAUGAAAAUAAUUGCAA